AUGAUAAGUUUGGAGUUUGCACUCAAGAUAGCGUCAUUGCCGUAUCCCAUCUUGGUCUGUGUGCUUCAAUAUUACACCGUUGGAACCAAGUACUCCCGAACCAAUAUCGAGUUUAAGAAAUCAUUGUACAAGAAUGUCUUGCUAGCCAUGGAAUACCAUGUUUCCGGCAACUACCACAAGAAGGACAUGAUUGCAGUAUGUUACCAGCCCAUUGAAAAAAUCAUCAAAAAGUUUUCCAAGCACCCGUUAGCCGCGCCCUUGAAUGAUUUUGGGGCCAAGUUUGACAAGUACAGUUAUUGGAUCCACAGAGCCGAGGUGCCAAAGGAAGAAACCAAUGUCUUGAUCUACUUGCACGGGGGAGGCUACUUGGUCAAUAUGUUUGAAUCGCAGUUUGUCUUUAUCACUGCGUUGCAUUAUUCCUUAAAUGACAAGGCAGCAGCCAAAACUUCAAUCUUGGUGAUUGAUUAUUCUUUGACCAUGUUUGAUCAUGAAUACCCGACUCAAUUGUUUGAGUGCUUGACAACGUACAACAAUUUGGUCAAGGCCGGCUACAAAAACAUCAUGCUUCUUGGUGACUCGGCCGGUUCACACAUGUCGUUAUCGCUUGCUAGAGCAAUUGCAUACCCCGACGAAGUGAAGCAGCAAUUGGAACCCUUCCCUCAAUUCAAAUUGAAUUUCAGUGUGUCCAGCUUACCUCAACCAAAAGCACUCAUCUUGGAUGCUCCGUGGGUUCAACCAUGCACCAAACCGAAAGUGCCCUUUAGACACGGGCAAGAUACAUGGGGCGAUCUUGGAGCGCUAGAUAUCAGCAUGGGCACAUUUUACAAAGGCAAGAAUGACAUCAAUUUCAUCAAUAAUUUCCUCACCUUCACAAAUACCAAUUGGCAAGACCACUGGGCGAAAGUUGAUCCGAUCAACAACGGCAACACAAUAAUGAUUGUAGGUGAAAGAGAAGUGUUGAGAGAUAGCGCUGAGGAUUUUUACCACAUGGUGAACAAAAUGGGCAAGAUUCACUACUAUACUGAACCCGGUGGAAUCCAUGCUGGCUUGGUCUAUGUUGAAUCCUUGGACUACGCGUCUAAAAGGGGCGCCAAACGCGCUUUUGCGGGUGAUUUUAAGAACAAGUAUGGGUACAAUUUAAUUUCACAGUUUAUCAAUGAGAGGUCCUGA